UUCUCCGGCAGAAACCCCGUAGUGCAUCACAACAGCGCCAUUCGGUAACUGCAACAGGAUCCAAAAUGGCAGGAGCUGAUGGAGACGACUCUCUCUACCCUAUCGCCGUUCUCAUUGAUGAACUGCGCAAUGAGGACGUUCAGGUAGAAACAAUGGAUUAAAUUUGAAUCAUACCGUGUAUUUUGAAGUUGAGUUGAGCUGUUUUCGGUGUUUCUAAACCGGCCUACAUGGUAUAUGGCCUCUACGGCUGCUAACGCUCCCAGCCUGGGCCUAUCUUCAGUUUUCCCACCGGGCGCACCCAGCUUUUCAAAUCUAACCGUCCAGUUUGGUGCUAUGAUAAAAUACGAGUGUGAUAUUAGUGGUUAAAAUAUAAAAGUAACGCUGAGUUGUGAGUUCUACCAGCCAAAUGUUAGAAUAAUUAAUUGAAUUAGGUUAGUGAAAUCAAUCAGGUCAUUGGUGUUAGCCGCUAAUGCUAAUGCAGGGGUGCUAACUGGCGCUUAUUGACUGAUGUUCGAGUUAGCGAUGGUAAUACCGGGGCGUUCAAGGCCGCAUGCGACAGAGCUCAUUAUUUUAUCUUAUUAAUUCUACGUUUAUGGAUUUAGCCUGAAACAUUGACGUUAGCUAUUGUAAAUGUAGAGCCUGGUAUUAACGAACGUCACCUUCCCCACGAUGACAAUACAAUGACCCAAGCUACUAUUGUAAUAUAACCAUACUCUCUGGUGUUACCUUGGUAUAUUAUGGUUAAACACAAGUCGGUGAUAAAGAUCGUGAACUUUUGGACUUAUGUAAUGUAUGUCACCUGUGUGUCUGUGUGUGCAGCUACGACUGAACAGCAUCAAGAAGCUGUCCACAAUCGCCCUGGCCCUCGGCGUUGAGAGGACCCGCACUGAGCUCCUACCUUUCCUCACAGGUAAUAAAGUCAUUCAUGUAACUCUCUUUGCACUUCAAAUGAAUCAAAGCUUGCAUAAGAGCGUGACAGCCAUAGUGCUGCAUUGUACAAUCAGAAUAUACUAUAAUGUGAGCACAAGUGUUUCAUAUUGCCUUCCCAUCACUCUAUAGACACCAUCUACGAUGAAGAUGAGGUGCUGUUGGCCUUGGCUGAGCAGCUUGGCAAUUUCACUAUGUUGGUUGGAGGGCCAGAGUACGUCCACUGUCUCUUGGUAAGUCAUAAGUAGUUGCAUUAAUAUAUGGAAUUACCAGAGGAUAGAUUCUCACCUGUGUUUACAUAGAAAACAAAAUUGAGUUGGUUAAAAAAUAGAAAUUUAAAGCUGCAGGAAUUGCUUUACUGUUGGAGUGUUUCAUAUCAAGUUUAAUUGUAAAAGAAAUCAUGCUGUAAUGUACUUCUGUUUGAUGCACAGCCCCCUCUGGAGAGUCUUGCCACAGUGGAGGAGACAGUCGUCAGAGAUAAAGCCGUGGAGUCCCUGCGAAAGAUUUCUCAAGAGCACUCUCCAGUUGACUUGGAGGUCCACUUCGAGCCUUUGGUCAAGCGUUUGGCUAGCGGUGACUGGUUCACUUCUCGCACAUCUGCCUGUGGUCUUUUUAGUGUCUGUUAUCCUCGUGUCUCCAGCACUGUCAAGGCAGAGAUCCGCCAGUAAGUGGCUUUUUGACAUAUGUUUUGAAGUAGUUCUCCUAAUCUCCCGUUGCUUUGUUCACUCUGUAAAAAUAGAAUUCGCACACUAUUUGGUUUUGACACAUGAAGGUCUACAGUCAGUUUUGUCUUUUUUUUUUUAAGAAGUCUGUCUCCCUCUCUAGGCAUUUUCGCACCUUGUGCUCAGAUGAUACCCCAAUGGUGCGUCGUGCUGCUGCAUCUAAACUAGGAGAGUUUGCCAAAGUCUUGGAGCUGGAUUAUAUCAAAAGUGACAUUAUUACCCUCUUCACUGCUCUGGCCUCUGAUGAGCAGGUAUGAACAUUUGUCUUUUCCCUUCCCCGCUUAAAUCACAUUCAUUGUCCCCAUGUCCAGUUCUGUUUCUUUGGCUCUUUGAUAACUAAGCUUGUUACUUUUCCCAUCAGGACUCAGUGCGGCUGCUUGCAGUGGAGGCUUGUGUCAGCAUUGCCACUCUGCUGCCUCAAGAGGACCUGGAGACACUUGUGAUGCCAACCCUGCGCCAAGCUGCUGAAGACAAAUCCUGGAGGGUCCGCUACAUGGUGGCUGACAAAUUCUCUGAGGUAAGCAGACAGCUUUCUUACUCUGUCCAGAAAGCCUCGUUUAAUGUAUUUAUUUUGUAGAGAACUUGCAUCUGCAGGAGAGCAGACAAACAUGUCUCCAUAGUCACUCUAAGCUCCAUUCUCAGCAGGCCAUAACUUUUGACUAAAUCACUGUUGAAUCCCUGUCGGAUAUUCUCAGAGGUUGCCUUUAAUUUUCAUUGUUCAGGGGUUGUUGUAAGUUCCUGCUGCUGAAAAUGUCCCAUUUCCUGAGGCACCCCAACAGCAUAAUAAUCAAGGACUUGCAUUGUGAAGGAUAUGUUGGAAAUAAUAUGUGCCAGCAUGAGCUGAAUCUGGCUUCAGACGCCAUCGACUUGUCAGGGUUUUCAUUGAUGCGAUACAGAGACACAGUAUUCACAGUAGCUCUUUGACUGUAACAGCCUCAGUUCACUUCCUUUAAUCAUCUUUGUUUUCAGACAAGUGAGUCUAAAGUUCAAACACACCUUCACGCUGUUAGAAACAUCACAAUAGAAAUAUUAGUACCUGCUCCGCUUGGCUCAUGUCAGAUCCAGUCGAGCCGUUUCAGCACAUUGUCAACAUAAAACUCGAGGCAGAUUCAAAAAGCAGUCCAAGCUAGCUCACCUGCUGCUGUCAUUUGAUAAUAAGACACUUGGAAAGGCAAGAAGGCAAGUUUACGUGGUGACUGAGUCACUAUGCACUUUUACUGUAAACAUAAAAUAUCAGCUAUGACAGGAGAAGGAGAUGGUGUAGAUAUGUCUGCCUCUACUCUGAAGCAUCAGGGGAGAAAACCUACAGCACACUGAUAACGUAAUAUUUCACUUUUUUUAUCAGAUGAAAAACUGUAAAGGUCUUACAGAGGGCAGUAUGAUAUGAAUCAGUCUAGUAUCAGUAAUUUAUUUUGAUUUGUGACUUUGCUGUUAUGCGUUGUCUUUCCAUUACAACGAUCAACCAUUGUUAUCAUUUGAAGAAUGGGAUUUUGUGCUUCCUGUUUCAUAGAGGAAGUAGGAUGUAGAUCAUGCAUUAGUGGAAAUAUGUGAAACCAAAAAUGACAUUUAACCUCAUUUGGUUUUAAUUGUAAUUUUACAGUUAAGCAAAAAGGUGUGUGAAACUUGUUAUAUAGACUCAAGAAUGUGUCCAGUUCUGCAUUGAGGGAGAAACUUCUUUUUAGGUAGAGUUUAAAUAAAAUAAAGAUGUCAAAGUUUAUUCUCGAGAGCAACAUUUAUUUGAUCGUAGGCAAUAAAUACCCAUACAUGUCAAUCAUGUCGUCCCUCUGGAUUAGAAGUUUGGAUGCCCGAACUUUUGCAUCAGUGGUGAAAAGUGACUUUCUGAUCCAGUUGAAUUACAAACAGAAAUAAUAUAAUUAUCAACUAAAUUUCUCAGCAUUCAGAAUUCAAAUCAGCAAAAUCCAUAUCAUCAACUCUUGGUCCACGCUGCUAACUCUGUGUGACCUUACGUUUAUUAUCCCACAUAAUUGUUUUACAGGUGGGAAAAAUGCCGAUGCUUUGCUGACUAGCAGGUUAAUUUUUUGCUUCAACAGCACUUUUUUUCCCCCCUAAACACAUGACGUCUACCUGACUCAUUUCUAGGGCAGCCAUCAUAAAUCCAUGGUGACAGCACCAAGGACUAAAAUAACCUUUUUUCCGUGAUGAAGCAGGUCAUUUGGUAUUUCCACACAUCACUCCUUUGUUCGCCAUUUAUAAUUUGGCAUUUCCUUUGUGUUAAGUAGGUUUGAUUUAAUUCUCAGCGUGACUCUUUGUUUGUACUCUCAAAUUAAUCUUAACUUUUUACUGUUAUUUGCAUCCCUGACAUGAACAUUUUGUGUUAAGGAUAUGUUGAUUUCUCUCUGUAUGUAGCUCCAGAAGGCAGUGGGGCCAGAGAUCACCAAGAACGACUUGGUCCCGGCUUUCCAGAACCUUCUGAAGGACUGUGAAGCUGAAGUCCGUGCUGCUGCAGCCAACAAAGUCAAAGGUCGGGAUCUGAAUUCAUUUUACAGAAGAAACACGACAGGAAGAGACAAAUUUACAGUCUGACAUCUGCCUCGUCUGUGCUGUAUUGACAGUAGACUCUUCUUGUUUUUGUCAGAAUUCUGCGAGAACCUCCCCGAGGACAGUCGUGAGCAAAUUAUUAUGACUCACAUCCUGCCCUGUGUGAAGGUAAAAAAAUGGACCUUUGUCUGCAAUGUUGGCGCAUUUAUCUGAUUUCUCAUGUAAGGUGUUGAGUCCAAACAGAUGACACAUGAAACAAUCAGCAUUUUACAAACGUAUUUCUAAUCUAUGGGAGAAAGCUGCUGUAUCAAAUUGAUUGCAUAUCUAUUUUACAGAGAUGUGAUGAAAAAUCAUCUCAUUGGCUUUUAUUUUUCAUUUAGUUGAAAUGGUGGUUUGUCAGAACAUAAGAUUAAUUUAUUCUUGAAUUUCCUCACAUUUUCAUUUGAUUUUACCUGUGAUUAUACGUGCUGUAGGAUGUUUCAAAAAAUCCCAUAGGUGAUACAUAACAGCCUGUCAGUGUUGUUCAGUUUUUGCCCAGCAGGUGGCACUGUUGUAUUUCCUACAACCAGCGUUCUGCAGAUUCAAAAAUCUGAAAUCAUUACGAGGUCUGUUUGUAAUUUACUCGCAGUACUGGCAGUACAACCGAAACGGUUUUGAAAUUCAGGUUUUUAUGAUAAAGGAUUCUGAUUAAUGUCACAAAUCAUGAUAGUGCUUUUCCUGUCAGCACAGAAACAGUGGAACAAAAGCUACACAAGUAGCAACAAAGUGGUUGAAAACCUUAUAAAACUGUGCCCAUGACACUUUGAUGGUGACCUGUUUAGCCCUGUAAGCAAGCAGCAAAGAAAAACUAGUUGAUUAUAUUUUAAUUAGAAAUAUUCAGAUCAUUUCCUUCAUAUUUUAACAUAUUUGCCUUUUUAAUGAGUGAACAUGACAAGUUGGCAGAUAAUUUGUUUAUGUUUUGCCAUUUCUGUUUCUUUAUUCAUCAUAUUGAACUUCUUCACCUCACAGUGGAUGACUACAAUGGCUGUUAGUUUGCACUAGAAUUACGUCCCCUUCACUGUGUACUUAUAUAGAAGUCAAUUAUAGUGUCAGUCUUUUCACUCUGUUGUAAAUAUGACCUAUAGCAGCUGUGUUGUUAUUUAUUUAUGGGUUACUGUCUUGACCAUUUUGCAUGUGUUGAUCUCUCUGUCUCCCCCAAACAGGAACUGGUUUCAGACACCAACCAGCAUGUGAAGUCAGCUCUGGCCUCGGUCAUUAUGGGCCUGUCAACCAUCCUGGGCAAGGACAACACAAUAGAGCACUUACUGCCACUGUUCCUGGCUCAGCUCAAGGACGAGGUAAAUGAAAUGUAGAAUGGUAAAAUGUGUGCCCCACGUUUUCGUCCCCGCUUCACAAAUCCUCCGACACUUGUCACGGCGUGUACUCAAACUUCCUGUGAGCUGUAGAGUGACCAACUUCUUUGGCCCUGAUCUGCGCGGCUGAGACGAGGUAAAGCCACUUAUCCACAGCCACUAGACGUACCUGUCUGCCACCUGGCUGGGUCAAAGGAUGACUUAGAAAGACUGACACCUGACAAUUAGACUGAAUUGCUGUGUCUGGAGGGAGGAAUAAUGAAAUGUUGGACACAGUGCGACUUGAUAAGUGAAUGCCUGAUGCAUUUCGAUUGUCGGCACAGAAGUCAGCAGUAUUUUUCAGGCCCCCUUUGAAGAUUUUUUUUGUAUACAGCUGCAAACUCACUGAGAUGAAUUGUCUCUGGAGCUGUUACAGGAACUGUGACAUUGUACUCAUCUUUAAUGACUCUGCAAAGACUUAAAAUGGGUCAGGUUUGAGAUGACGACUGCGUACAUGCCCAGUGUAUCAGGUUGAGUUGGACCACCAGCAGCUCAGUAGUACAUUUCCAUACGAUGAAUUUGUACAUGAGAUUAGUCUGACUGCUUAGACACAGAUAUCUUACCGCUCUGGAUGGCUGGAGGCUGUCAGUUCUUCCACUGCUUUCCUUACUCCUAUUUAAAGAUGGCCCCAUUUCCUCACGGCAACAACACAAGACCAAGAGUGUCUAAUUAGAUUACAGUCCAAAGUGACAGCGUUGACGUGCAAAUUUCAAUAAUUCAAGGUGCAUCUAUCUAAGGACUGCAUUAAAGGCAGCAAGAUGGAGAACGCCAGACAGACAUGUCAUUCACUCGAGCGCUGAUUAUUUCACACUGUCACUAAGUCUUAUUUGGCUGCUGCUCUGCUCCCACUCAGAACACAAGCGUGACUGACCUAAAACUCGAAUGCAGGGCGAGUAGUUUUUGGGACAGCGUUAAAAAGUUUUGGUUUAGAACUUCAGCAGAUCUUCAUUCUUCACUCCAUGUUCUUGGAAACCUGCAAAAAAAACCUUUUUUUGUUUUAACUUUUGAAGUCUGAGAUUAGCUGGAUCGGGAAAACACUUGAAUACUUUUCCGGGAUGAAGGCAUAACCCUGUGAAUUUUUUUCUGUCACAGUGCCCCGAGGUGCGUCUCAACAUCAUCUCCAACCUGGACUGCGUGAAUGAGGUGAUCGGCAUCCGUCAGCUCUCCCAGUCACUGCUGCCGGCCAUCGUGGAGCUGGCAGAGGACGCCAAGUGGAGGGUCCGCCUGGCCAUCAUAGAGUACAUGCCCUUGUUGGCAGGACAACUGGUGAGUCACCGAGUCCAGGAACACUGGAACCCAUCAAAAAUAUGUUUUAAAGGUCUUCCUAAUGAACACCAUGCUUAGUACCGGGAAAAUCAGAAAAGUGCAGACAGAUUGUUCAGAUCAAAUGUGAUUGUAGAAACUCUGGAAAGCUCUCCAAUUACUCUGCGUCUGUGUUUCCCAGGGAGUCGAAUUCUUUGAUGAGAAACUCAACACUCUCUGCAUGGCCUGGCUCAUUGACCACGGUAAGACAUCCUCAUGGGUUAACAUUUUCCAAGAACUUGUUUUGGGUGAAAACAAGGUCGUCAAAAAGUGCAUCAACGCAGUAAAGAACCUUUUGUACAGAAACGCUGCAAAGAUUGAAGGUCCUUACACACCAGGGCCGACGCGAAUAUAGAAUGCGAAAUUAGGAGGCGAAUUUUGACGCGCCUGACUAUACACAUUAAGCCCGAUGCGAUUUUUGCGACUUUCCAGGGGGGAAAAGACGCGUUCUGGGUGGAAGCGAGAAGACUGACACGACACCAGACUGACUGUUUUUCAGUUCUGAUUAGACACUGGUGUUGAGGUGUCUGUCUGUCAUGAUAGCAUGUACUGAGUCGGGGACAGUACCAGAUAAGCACAUUUAACUAUAAUCCAUAAACAUAAGGUAACAACCGAGACCUAAUGGUGCUGUGACAGCAACGUGAUUGGGUUUGAGACAGUGAAAAUAUGGUAUGUUGUAUCUGAACAGGUUAGCUUACGAGCUAAAGUUACUUAGCACAGAUGAAAGUAAAAACAAAGACGUUUAGAAAACUGUUAAAGCACACAAACCAUCGUCAUAUGAGAAAUCCGACGCUAUGACUCUCCACAAGUUGUCCUUCAGGUCGUUAUCUUUGUAAUAUUUGUUUUGUUUUGUUUUGUUUUUUUCAAUCAAAAAUCACUCUGUUCUCCGACCCGUAAACAAUCAGCCGGUCCGUCAUGUUGGAUAUACCGGUGAAUCUGAUGUCGCAACAACACGCAAUCUGAUUGGUCAGAAGUGGACCCACAGUAUACGAAACUUGACAGGAUAUGGGUUCAAAAUAAAUAUUGACGUCCGAAAUAAUCACACGACAAAAACGGUCCCGAUGUGAAAGGACCUGAAUUCCUAAAGUUUGUCGUCUUUCAUCAACAAAAGAAACACUGAAGUCCCCUAUAGCUGUCCGUGAUUGUGAUACACUUCCUGUCUUUCAUAUGUAACACUGCUCUUGCUAACAACCCCGUGCGAACGUCAGACAGACUUUUCUACCAUCCUGAUUCUGUGUUAUUAUCUGAACGGUGGUUGAAUGAAAGAGCCUGAUGAGCAUGGAGGGUGGGAGAGAGAAAAUUUGGGGCUUUAGUCGGACUGAGAUGUGGCAAUCUGCAACUCUCUGUCGUCAUGGUAAUAGGGAGUUGUUAGGAAGCCUCUUUCUCUCCGACUCCAGGUACAGUGUAGUACAGCAAAGAGCCAUGGGAAAGUUAAUGGUUUUGAUUAUCUUAAUCAGAUAAAGUGUCUCGGUGGGUGGAUAAGCCACUCUGUUGCGCACUCAUACUUCUUGUAUGUAUAAUUUAACCUCCUUAGUUUUCACAGUCGACCACAAGGAGAUUGAAACUUGCAGUUGGGUGACUCUGGGCUGUUUGCUCGGAUGCCUCUCCUUAUCCAGCAGUAUGUAAGACAGUCUGCUGUAUUCAAAUGCUCUCAGAGAGCAACACACACAGACACUGCUCUGUUUGAUUACCUACAUCUUGUCGUUUACAUACAUUUUCCCUUCAGGCUGUAUCGAGUUCUGCUCACACCCAGAUUUCUCAUUAGUCAGACACACGCUCUCUAUUGAGGACAAAGGGCCAGCUGGGUUACAUCAUUGGAAUGCAGCUGGUGUGAGUUUCCGUACAUAUGAGUUUGUGUGUGUCUGUGUUUGGCUGUGGCUGGGGUGAGGGCUGUGCCACCCUUACGUAAGCCCCUCAAAGAGAGACAGGACUACAGAAAUCAGAGCAGAAUCGUUCCCUCACGGACUCUCGUAUGAAGAGAUCCUCUUUUCUUUUCUGAUGACAAACAAAUCUCCAAUGAUUUUCUCAGUCGAGUGAAAGUGAUACUCAGACCUUUGGAGGUGAAUUUGACGUCGCCUCAAAGUCAGGCUUUGUCCGGAGUUUGCAUCACAUGAAUGCAGUGAGUAAUGGAGACAAACAAAGUUCUUUUUCAGGUUUUUAUCUGCCCCAAAUUAAUCUAGGUGAGGUCGAUUUUAUAGCGGUGCAGCCAUAGUUCAGAGGCUUUGAAAACCACAAGGCAUACAAAAGGUACUGUAGGCUCCUGAUUCAUACGAGGACAACUCCCUCAAAGCACACUCUUGUGGUGAGAAAAAGAAAUCACAAGAUGAGCAGCAGAGACAGCAGGGUGUCCUCGGGGGGGGUCUAUAAAAAAAGUCUUAAAACGGCUAAAAUCCAAAGGCCUUUAAAUUUCUAAAAAAUCUCUUAAAAUCUCAUAAAUGCGAUUUUGAAAGGUCUUAAAAAUGUAUAAACUCUUUUUACAAAGAAGUAUUGUGCAAUAGGAAUAAAGAUUGAUUUGAGGCAACGUAAAAUGGUCGAUUACCCUUUUGUCUUUUUGUAGUUUUUUGCCAGUCUGGAUGUUAAAUGGGUCUUAAAUUGUUUUCAUUACAGACUUUAAAAAGUCUUGAAUUUGGCUUGUUUAGACCCUGAGAAACGAUUCUCACUUCAGUCACAGCGAAUAGACUCUAAAACAACGAGGAGGGGAUAAUGUGUAUUAUAAUGUGGUCUGUAAGGAACGUUGGACAACAUCAAGGUGUUGCCAUCAAACCAUCACUGGGACUCUUUUAUACUUUAUGGAGACCCAGAACAGGACUUCUGUUGAUGCUCGAUCUUGUCCCUUUCAUUUCCCAGUGUACGCCAUCCGUGAGGCAGCCACCUGUAACCUGAUGAAGCUGGUGGAGAAGUUUGGAGCUGAGUGGGCUCAGAACACCAUCGUGCCCAAAGUGCUAGGCAUGGCUAAUGACCCCAAUUACCUCCACAGGAUGACCACCCUGUUCUGCAUCAAUGUGAGUCCCAUAAGCCCGUUCCUCUUUAACUACUUCUUCAUAAUUGCCGUCUGUUUAACCCUCUUGGUGACCCCCUGACUUCUGUGUCUCAGGCUUUGUCAGAGGCAUGCGGACAGGAUAUCACCACCAAGCAGAUGCUCCCCGUGGUCCUCAAAAUGUCCAAUGACCAGGUUGCCAACGUGCGCUUCAACGUGGCAAAGUCCCUUCAGAAGAUCGGCCCCAUCCUCGACAGCAAGUACGUCGUCAAAUCUCCUAAAAAUGCACAUUGACAGUGUGAUGAAGAAUUGUUGUUGAUAGUUUGCUGAAUCAUUCUCCUCCUUCUAGUACCCUUCAAACAGAAGUGAAGCCAGUGCUGGAGAAACUGGCCACAGACACAGACAUGGAUGUCAAGUACUUUGCCCAGGAGGCGAUCAGUGGUGAGCGUUCCCGUCUAUCUAAUAUCACUUUUUUCCAAAUUUCAACAGACUGUAAGAAAUCCAUCAUAAAACCAUGACCCUGUUUGUUCUCUCUUCUUUUCCAGUUCUGUCCCUCGCAUAAAACCACCCCAACAUCUCUAAACCAGACGACAACCAACCGAAAACAACGCAAACACUUUUACAAGAUAUUUAUUGAUGUUCAGGAACAACUGGUUAUUGUAUAGAGAGAAGCUGUUAACAAUGGUUUUAUCUUUUCCCUUUUUUUUUUUUGUUUACUGUCCAAUGGUAGACCGUGUCCAGGCAUAGCACAGGCUUUUUUUAUGUUAACCUUCCUCUUUGCUGUAAAUGGGUGCUUCAACUUAAAGCAAAGUGUGAUAAAACUGCAACUGUAAGUGGUGCAUGCUGACUAAUGUGCUACUGUACUAGCUAGGCAUCGCUAACCAGACACCCUUUCACAUUCCUCCCUUUUACACCUUCAGCCACCGUCGUACUUCAGCCACAGUCUUCGCAGACGUCUGAGUGCUACCAAGCACCCACGGCCAUGCUAGCACUCUGCGCGGCUACACUUUCCUCCCGACGCUAGACGCUAACUGUAAGCAGCAGAUGGCUCAACAAGCUGUUUGUUUCACUGCGCUUCCUCCCUCUCUGCAGAGAAGUGAUCGAAAGGGGGCUGAGCAGGUUGAGUUUAUUCCACCAGACCAAACCUGUUGUGUUUUGUACUACCCUCCAACAAAGAAAGAAUGGGGAUGUCCAUUACUGCAUGUAAUCCGAUGAACUCUUUUAAUGAUUGCAUGUUCGAAUCAAUCUCAAACGGCGUCCCUUCACUCCAUCGAACAGACUGCCCCACCCCUUCUGCACUGUUUGUUCUCUGCAGCAACUCAGAUUGAAUUGGUCAAACAAAUUAAUUACCUCGGCCUACUGAAAUAGGGACCAGCUCAGUCGUAAAGUGUUGCCCUUAAUUACUCCUCCUACAGAUCCUCAGUGGUUUUUGUUGACGUGCUAGGUUGGGAAGUAGUCGUCAAAUUGUGAUUUUCUGCAAUAUCUUCUCGGCAUUGCUCUUACUCUGUGUGCCAAUGAUUUUGAUAAGCCGUGGUGUUUUCUUUUCGUACACGCGGGUAAACAGCUGUCACCUGUCCUCUUCUUUUCUCUAUGGCUGCUUUAUUCCUUCGGCAUUAAAGUGACGGUAAAACUAAAUUGACUACAGCUGUCAGGACUGUGGGACAAAUGAAACCACGACUCUCUUGUGUCCCAGAGUCGCUCAUGAAUCCAUCCUGAGUCCUCCACUAAAUGUGAGAUUAAAAAAAAAGCAGAAGGUCAGUGAAUUUGAAGGGCCACCUGAGGAUUCUUGCUUUCUGAUCUCUACAUGACUGAGAACAACAGCGUGCUUUCAAAGAAAGUGGGCUGGAGGACGUGGAGUAUGUGUACGUAAGGCUGCAUAAUGUUUUAUUAUAGGGUGGGCGCGCGCGGGCGGUGAAGGGCGGGCUGGCUAAAUGUAUCGUCUGUGUUGAUAAAGAAACUUUUGUCUUUCUCUGAACUACUCCCGCCGUUCCCUUCUCUUCCACCCCUCCCCCUCUCAUUUCGUUCUUGAAUAAACCUUGAUUGUUGAUUGUCCUGUAUCACAAAGACUGUGCUUUAUUUUUAUUUUGAAAUCUCUUUACACUUGGGAUGCUGUAUCUUGAUCUGAAUAAAGUAACACAACGAAUUCUUGUAGUCUA